AUGUACGACAUGUACGCCGCGCACUCUGAUUCUAACCAUGGUAACAAAAUGAUUCAGGUAUUCGAUUCGGUGGCAGUGUUUCGUGUUGAGACCGAUUCAGCAUGGGCUGAGAUGAUGGACGUGCAAAUAAUGGUGUCACCGCCUGCCAAGCUACUAUCAAGCCCAUUCGAGUCAUUCGUCAGAACGAAACGACAGUUCCUUGGUUUACCAGCUUGGUGCCAUUGUGAACCAGAAAUGAUCACAUGCCCACCUGGUCCGCCAGGUCCAGCCGGAGAGAAGGGUCAGCCAGGACCUCCCGGACCACCGGGACCCCCGGGGAAAGAUGAUAUGACCAUCUACGCUCCCAUCCACUGCCCUCCGCCUGACCCCUCAUGCAUUCAAUGUCCACCGGGACCACAAGGACCAAAGGGACCCGAUGGAGCUCCUGGACACCCCGGCAUGGAUGGUCGUCCUGGUGUUCCCGGAUCUCGCGGAGACAACGGUAAACCCGGCGAUGCUGGACCACGCGGCGAACCAGGAAUGCCUGGCUACAAAGGUAUGGACGGCCGUCCUGGUUCCCCUGGGCAGGACGGCAGGAAAGGAACAGGGCAGCCUGGUAUGCCCGGUCAACCCGGCCCACGAGGAGAAAUGGGUAAACCUGGUGUUGCCGGUAAAGAUGGAGCUCCUGGAGAUAAAGGUCCUGUGGGAGCAGGUGGCCUUCCUGGCAUGCCUGGUAACAAGGGAGCCGAUGGACAAAUGGGCGCAACUGGAGCACCAGGUCCAGCUGGUAAGGAUGCGCACUACUGUCCUUGUCCGACCCGUGCUUCGGUGAAGAAAAGGAAGAUCUAA